GAUCCUUGUGUAAGUCCAUUAACACAGGGUGCUGGCUGUGCAGCAUAGAUGGAGAUUACAGCAGUAAGACUUUAAUACCCUCAGACGUGCUCGCUGACCUCGCCUCCCCUUCGACACAGACUCGUCUCUCCUCAUCCACUCUCUGGACUCUUGAAGACGCUCUGAUCCGCCAGCCAGCUGCCAUGAAGACGUCUCUCGCCCUGCUGCUGCUCGUCUCUCUGGCCUGCCCCAGUGCUCUUUCAUGUUCUGUCUGUGAAGGCCACGCCCUCAAAUGUCACACCUGUGUGGCAUCUAAUGAGGAUGACUGCAACCGACAGGGCUCCACCUCUUGCCCUCAGUUUGCUGAUGCCUGCUCGACCAUCACAGGAACCAACACCGUCAUGAAGUCGUGCACUUACAAGGCCUUCUGCGACAAGGCUCAUGGCAGCAGCUCUGGAGCCAAAAUGGACUGUUGUUUCGGCGAUGACUGCAACGGGCCCCGCAGAAGCCACAGCCACGGGGCCCACCAGCACAGCAGCACGGAGGCUUUGGCCUCCAGCCCCGUCCUCGUGCUUGCUGUGAUGGUGCUGCGUGUAGCUUUCACUCACCUCUAAACAUCUCUGAUGUUUUCUUCCAUACACCAUUCAACUUCUCAUAUCUGUUGUGUUGUUCAUCUAUUCAUCCAUCCUUUAUUUCCCUGACAGAUGUUUGAUCACUUUGAGUGGCUUUUGUUCAACAAAAGGUACACAGUUUAAAGUGGGUUGGGGUUGGAGUUAUUAAUUUGGGACACAAUCAGUAUAUGUUUCAUGAUUUUUGGAGAUGUGUAUUCUGUCUAGAACAGUGUUAUCCAAAGAGUCACCUUCUGUCACCAGGAACUACAUGGGAGGUUUUCAAAAAAUAAGACAGAAAACUAUUACAAACAUAUAUAAACCUAUAAUACAUUACAGAUACAUAUAAAAUGCACAAUACUGUGCAAAAACAAACAUGAAACAUUACACAAAUGAAACAUACUGGAAAGCUACAAAAUACCUAAUAUUAAAAAACACACACUUUGUCUUAUUUAA